UUUUGAAAGACGCAAUUUUUGUUUAUUUUCUGCCAAAACAAGAACAAACAGAACCUGUUUUGUUUUGGAAGGCGUUUAUGCAAUGCUUUGGACGGAAAUGACGCCACAUCCCAACGUCAGCUGAUGGGACCGCUUUCAUUUGUAUCCUUGUAUUUUUUUUUUGUCGUUGGAAGGUGUCCGAGCUGAAUUUCGUUGCGUUCCUGUCUUUAGCGUUCUUGUGCAGCCGACAGGAGAAGCCACCAUUACGGCCUGAAAGCCACCUGAGCCUGCUUCCUAAGCUAAUGGGCUGUAACAAGCAGGCAGGCAGGCCCUGACCAACAAUGAACGCGUACGGCGCAAAGACUUCCUUUUGAGAAAGUAUCUUGCCAGUCUACCCAGGAACGUUUGGCAAGCUCAUGCGUGGUCGUGUGCAGCCUGACGAAGGAAUUGUCUCGGGCGCCACGCCGCGCCGCCGUCCAGCCGUACGAUGUGGCUCAAGUUGUUCUUCUUACUCUUGUAUUUCAUGUUUUUGUUUACGCUAGCUCGCAUAUUUGAAGCGGUGGUUUGGUAUGAGACCGGAGUUUUGGCCUCACAGCUGGUCGACCCGCUUUCCCUUAGCGUGAAGAAGCUGAAGAUUAUCUUGGAGUGUCGGGGCCUGGGAUACGCCGGGCUGGCCGAUAAGAAGGAUGUCAGCCAGCUGCUACACAAUUCAGGAGAGUUGACACACGGGGAGCUUUAUUCUGCCAUCAAAAAAGAGACAGAGCAAACAGAGGCAGGUGAUGCCAGCAGCUUAGAUUUCAGUGGAGAGAUGCACUUCUAUGAAUUAGUGGAGGACACUAAAGAUGGCGUCUGGUUGAUUCAGGUCAUUGGUCAGGAUCGAGAAGCUCUGCUCAGUAAGUCCAAUUGGGGGAAGAUGGUACAGAAAGUGUCACAGUUUGGAAUCCGAACUGGAACAUUUAACUGUUCUCUUGACCACAGGUCUUGUAUCAGACGUGGCUGGCAGCGUUCCACUCUCAUCAUGUCAGUUCCACAGACAUCAGCAUCUAAGGGAAAAGUAAUUCUGAAGGAAUACAACGGCCGUCGCGUUGAACCUGAACAUAUCUUCCGGUGGAUGACGUCGCAUUUGUCUCACCACAUGAAGAGACUGAGUCAUUUGGAGAAACUGCAGGAAGAGUGGCGCCCUGACCUGCUCCACCCGUUAAAGAUGUUUCUGUUCGCCUCCCUGCCACAGCCGCCUGUUUUCUUCUCCUCACUCUCUAUUAAAUUCACCGGCAGAAUUGAGUUUAUAUUUGUGGACAUGAGUCGCUGGGACAACCACAGCAGCCUAUUAGAGAUUGGUGUGACGCAGAGCCCUGCCUACAUCCUGAAGAUGCCAGAGGGCAUAUAUCACUAUGGCAAUAGUACUGGUGAGUUCUUGUCUGUGGCAGCCAUGGACACCUUCCUGCGAUCAGUCCAACCAGAGGUCAAUGACCUUUUUGUCCUCAGUCUUGUCAUCAUCAACCUGUUGGCUUGGAUGGAUCUCUUUAUUACACAGGGCGCAACAGUGAAACGGUUUGUUGUUCUAAUCCGCACACUAGGGACCUAUAACUCCAUCCUGUUGGUGUCCUGGCUUCCAUUUCUGGAGUCUUCUAGGAAGAGGUUUGGAAUAAGCGUUGAUGGAACUGGACGUCUUCCAGAGGUCAAAGCUGUCCAGCAGACAAGGAGGCUCCUAGCUAACGCCCGUGAGAGAACCCGUGUCCACACAAUUAGUGCUGCAUUUGAGGCCCUGAGGAAACAGAUGAUGUGGUUCUGUUGGGUUCAUCAAGCCGUGAUCGCCAACGCUCACUGGAGCGGUUCACAGCAGAGUGUGAAGCGGCUGGGGAAAGGGAAGUCUGAGCAUCCCUUCUUAAGUCACACCCCAACUGAUCUGACCUGGAAAAGUGGUAGAAGCUAGAUGGAUGGAAAUUUUGCAUCUACUCUAGAUGUCUAGGCAGACAAUAUAACAGUACUCCCAAGCAUAAUUUUUUUAUUCUGAGGUCUGAGGACCCAUCUCUGUCAGUUUGACUGAAUAAUAUUGCCCACAGGUAGUGAAGGCACAAUAGAACAGAGCAAAUGUCCAUUGAAGUGAAGUAAAAAUGUGGAAAAAAACGUUUAAUUUUUCAUUACGGUUUGUCUGAAGAAUAUUGUAAUGUUGAACUGCGGAUUUAUGGUAGUUCUUUUCAACUGAGAGAUAUGGUUUGAGAUACAAGUGUUUGCAGUCAAGCAUGGUCAUGGACUGAAUUUAACUUGUAUCUCUAACUGUACGUGAUUUCUUUUGGUUAUGUACUUGAGGGGUCGGGAGUGGGGUUCAUUUGUGUUUGUGUCUGCUGCAAUGCUCCACAUCCAUAGACACUGAAUUUACAACUGCAAUUUGGUAGCUUGGGAUGAAGUGCUGCCUUUACAAGUGAAAAUGCUGGGAAGGUCAGACAGUGGCGGGUUUGCAUACGACUGACUGUGUUUAUAGGGGUAAAUAUCUCCAGGUCUGACUGCAGCUGGGAAUGAGUCUCGGAGUCUACAAUAUGUUACAGAAAUCUUGAUACAUUUUUCGUUAGUCGCUUGAAUAGUUCACCACUAAAUAGGACUGAAUACUGUACUUUCUCAAUUCAAUAACAAAGUAUGCUGACAAUACUCUGACAUAUCUUGGAUGCCCUCUCAAACAGGUUGAAUUCAACAACUAGGGGGUAAAAUGUAUGCUAUAAUUCUUGAAUUAGUUUUAAUGCAAACAGAUCACAGACUUGUUAGUAAAACAGUGGGACUUUAACCAUCUUGUAAAUUAACAAGGAGAUCUCCUUUAUUUUAUUCACUUCAUGACAAAUCAAUCUUACAUAAGUUUCAGUGCAUACAAAACCCAUUAUGUAUUGUAAAGAGGGACAUAAGAUCUGCACUUGGAAAUAGUGUCAACUCUGGAGAGAGAUCUUUGCAUGGACCAUGGAAAAGUGCAGUUCUGGGUAAAGCUAACAAAUCUUGCAAAUUUGAUAUUUUAAUAUUAAUGUGAGCACUUGUAGCCCCUCUCUAGUAUAAAAUACUUCAACGAGGUAGCCACCUGAGUUCUUUUCUUACUCCAAAGUACGAAACUAAUAAAUUAACUCAAUGUUAAUUACUGUAAAUGUCUAUUACAAUUUUACUCUUUACUUGUGCAUUUAAUUCUCUAUCAAAAGUCUCUGAAAUAAUAUUUCCCCUUAUGAGUUAAUAUGAUCCUAAUUUAAAUAAUCAAACUACCAAAUAAACUCACCACUAUUUUAACUGUCUUGCAGAUAGUCAAAUAAUAAACCUGGUUAUGUAACAAAAAGUGUGGACAUUUAAUAACAAAAUAAGGGAUGGAAAAAUCAAACAUGUAUACACAACAGUCAAAUAAACAAAGUCAAUUUAACAGGUACACAAUGCACACAUGCUCAGGGCCCAAACAAAUAUUAAUAUAGCCAAAAAGCAAACAAAAUUCAAACCCCAAUGUCACUGCUUCCCAAGGCAGGAGUGAAAAAAGGUGAAGGUGGUUUUUUCUCUGUCCGGCAUCCUCACGGUCCUUGUCCCUUUUUCUUCCGUGAAGUCUAAACAGAGCCUCGCUAGCCGCGUUAGCUCGACGCUAGCGCCCUUGUCCUCUCCUUCGUGGUCCAGUACACAGGCCUGGCUAGCUAGCAUUAGCUGGUUGUUAGCGCCCAAACCAAGUCCCAUGCAGGCAUUUAGCCCCUGUGGUAGCGGCUAACUCCACCAGGUUACGGCAUGAUUUGAGCAGUCCACUCAAACAACACACUAUCCCAGUUGAACUUUCAACAGUCCUUGUCGAACACGUCAAUCAACUUUUGAUAAAUGUCCACCGUUCACUUACUUUAUCCUUUUGUUGCCCUCCAACCACAUCUGUUGCACUCCAUCUAGCCUUUUUUUCUCUCUCUGUGUCUUCUCAACACGUCACUUCCUGUCCUUCUUAAACAAUGGUUUCAACAAUAAAAUGGCAAACAAAAGUAUUUCUUUUUCGCAAAUGAAUCAAACACAUUUAAAUACAAAUUCCUCCAAAAGAAAAUAAAGUCAGCACACACAGUUUAACAGAUAUUACACCACAUUGCAUAACGAAAACAUAUAACUUAAUUGCUACUCUAUUGUACUGAAAUUUUACCUGUACCAACUUUUAACCAGGUUACACAGUCAUAUUCCAUUUUGGGGUAGGUUAUGAGAGAAAUAUCUUAUAUGCACACCCACACAACACAUUUUGUCAAACUGACACAGAGACAGUGCACAGUAGACUGCAGGUGUAUUACUCAUUUUCAGAAAGGAUCAAGAAUAUAUUGUUGGGAGUAUUGUUAUUUUGCCUGCCUAGAUGUUUAGCUGUCCUGUUUAUUAUCAAAUAGCCAUAACCACAAGACCGGUGCUAUUUGUUAGCCUAAACAAAAGGUGGUGGAAGACACUUCUACACCAAUGAAAAAUGGUGCACACACAUCACACAACAGACACUGCAGCCCACUUUUAGUUGCUUUCCUAGCGACUGUAAGCCAUUUUACUCGCCGCAUGAGUUUGCCUCUUUCAUCCUUUCCUGUGUUUCCAUUCCGUCCCAAGCUAGUAUGAACACAGCUCUGCUAACACUCACCGAACAAGUAAACACCCAGAGUACGCCCUCCCCCGCCCCCCAUUAUUUUAGGAGAUUUUAAUUAAGUUAAACUCAACCACAAACUCCCUAAAUACAAGCAGCACAUAGACUGUCCAACAAGGGAAAUGAACACUUUUAACCACUGUAACACAGCAAACAACGUAUACCAUGCUGUUCUCCGCGCCGCCCUAGGUUGCUCCGACCACUACUUAAUCUUAAUUACAGACAGGCAAGAAUUGAAGUGUCGCUAAAAAGUGGACCAAUGAGGUAGAAUUACAACUUCAAAUCUGUUUCGACUGCACGGCCUAUAAUAUCUUUGAAAAUUCAACUAGCACCUUAAACGAAUAUUCGAAUGCUCUUACAUCAUAUGUCAGUUUCUGUGAGGUGUGUGUACUAAAAAACCUUUUCGCACGUUUAAUAACAAGCCAAGGUUUACUGGAAGACUUAAAGGAACACUUUGUCGAAAUAAUAGGAAUGGGAGCACACAUUAAAAGUUAGUAGAUGAGGGUUCAGUGUUUGUUCUGUCCACAGAUUUCAUCAAAAAACAUCUCUAAAUUGGAAACGUAUUAUUGAAAUUCCUCUCUCGCUCAGACAUUCCAAUGAGCCCAGCUGGAAAACUGACAAGGAAUCAGCAUUUGCCACGCCUGCAGUGUUUUCUGUUCUGAACCCCCAUUGCUCGUGCACACAUUUCAGUGAACAGAGAAUGUCCACUAGCUCGCAUUUUGUGGCUGAUUUUUGUGAAAAAUAAUUACAAACAAACAAAACAAAAAUAGUAUAAUGUACAAUGUUCAAGCCCAUAUGUUUGAGCCAGAAUAGACACAGGUGGAACUUGAAGUGUUGGAGAAGAGGGGUGGCGCUGACAACGAACAAUAAUCCCAUUAUAUGGCCCGUGGAGAUUUGUUUGAUGCUUUUCCGAGGUUUAGAUAUAGAGAAUAUACAACAAGGGUGGCCAGACGUUUUUACCUCAAGAUAUACUUUUCAAGCAGCCAGCCCCUCACGAUCAACCGGGGUGCGACUGCCAUAAAUUGAAGGGCAGCUUGCUAGAACACGCCAUGACGUGUUGGAGAGGGGGCGUGAGGCUGACGGAGGAGCACACCAAUCAAAUGGUAGGUUAACUGACGACUCAAAAUUGCUCAUAGGUAUGAUUGGGAAUGCAACUUUUUGUCUCGAUGUGCCCUGUGAUUGGCUGGCAACCAGUUCAGGGUGUACCCUGCCUCCUGCCCGUUGACAGCUGGGAUAGGCUCCAGCAUCCCACAAUACUUGUAAGGAUAAGUGGCUCAGAAAAUAUAUAAAUAAAUAUAUAAAUAAAUA